AUGGCCAGCGUUCAGCAGGGCGAGAAGCAGCUCUUUGAGAAGUUCUGGCGGGGAACCUUCAAAGCGGUGGCCACCCCGCGCCCGGAGAGCAUCAUCGUCGCCAGCAUCACAGCCCGCAAGCCUCCACCGAGGACAGAACCUCAGAGCAGUCCCAUAGUUCCAGCCCAGGAUGGAUCAUCAGAAAAGCUGGGCCAGGGUCUGGCCACCGGGACCUUGGGCACCAACAGCUGGGAGAGAGACAAUGCCUGCAGCCAGCGGGGUCCCAGCAGAGCACACAGUGUCUCACACACCAGAGAUUUGACCCCACCACCUCCAUCCCGAGGGAAGAAGAAAAAGAAGAAAUCUAUCCGGAAGAAGAGAAGGAGGUCUCCAUCCUAUAGCCCCUCGCCUGUCAAGAAAAAGAAGAAGAAAAGUUCCAAGAAACAUAAACGACGCAGAUCAUUCUCCAAGAAGAGAAGGCACAGCUCCUCUAGCCCCAAAAGCAAACGAAAGGAAGAGAAGAGACACAAGAAACAAUCUCGAAGCCGGCCCCGAAAGUCUCACCGCCACCGCCACCAUCGCUGCCACUCGAGGUCCCAGAGCUCAGAGUCUCGUUCGUUCAGCUGUGAGAGCAGGUACCGAGGACGGUCCCCCGAGGAAGGGCGGAAGUCCCGACGAAGGCACUCUCGCCGCUGCUCCAAGACCCUCUGUAAGGCCAGCCCAGAGGCCCCGGCCAGCCGCCGGCCCAGCCAGCCCCUCCAGAUGCUCAGCUUCCUGUCAACCAGGGGUGUAAUCACUGGGUCUGAGUCUGCCGCGGACCCCUUUAGCAAGGCGACAGGCCGGCUUGCCACGUCCCGAGGACGCUCCCAGGAAUAUGACUCAGGCAAUGAUACCUCCUCGCCACCCUCCACCCAGGCCAGCUCCGCCAGGUCUCGGGGCCAGGAGAAAGGGAGCCCCCACGGGGGCUUGAGCAAGAGGGGAGAUCUCAACAGUGGCAACACCUCUGAUUCAGGGAACUCCUUCACCACCUCUUCACCCCAGAACAAGGGAGCCGUUUUGGAGAAUCUCUCUCCCACCAGCAGGGGCAGAGAAUCAAGGGGAUUUCAGUCUCCAUGCCUGGAAUGCGCCAAGGUGAAGAAGUCCAGCACAGCCCGGAGUUCCCCGCUGAAGGAGUGCUCUCGUAGCCCUUCCUAUGCCAGCACGCGAUCCUCCAGCCACUCUUCCAGGUCGCCAGAUCCCAGGGCCUCCCCCAGCUACACCCGGAGCCGAUCCACCUCCUCGGAGAAAAGGUCUUACUCCCGCUCUCCCAGCUAUUCUUCCAAAUCCGGCAAGAGGAGCCCGCCCAGCAGAAGUUCCCGGUCCCGGUCCCGACGUAGCCCCAGCUACUCUCGCUACAGCCCGGGCAGGGAACGGGACCCCAAAUACGGCGAGAAGGACUCGCAGCCCCGGGAGCGCGAGCGCGCAUGUCGGCGGCGCCGGUCAUACUCGCCCAUGAGGAAGCGCCGGAGAGACUCCCCGAGCCACCUGGAGGCUCGGAGGAUUACAAGUGCCCGGAAGCGCCCCAUCCCUUACUACCGGCCCAGCCCCUCGUCGUCCAGCAGCCUCAGCAGCGCCUCCUCCUGGUACAGCAGCGGGAGCAGCCGCUCCGCCAGCCCCGGCUACUCCCGCAGCCGGAGUCCCAGCCGCAGCCGCAGCCGCAGCCGGACCAGGAGCAGCUCCAGCUCCCGCAGCCCCAGCCUGGGCUCCCGCAGCCGCAGCCGCAGCCGCAGCCGCAGCUCAGCGGACAGCUAUUCUAGCACAAGGCGCUAA